AUGACAGAAAGGAACCAAACUAUCACCUUAGAGUUCCUUCUUUUGGGCUUACCAAUCCUGCCAGAACACCAAGACCUGUUCUGUGUCCUGUUCCUGGCCAUGUAUCUUACAACCAUCCUGGGAAAUCUCCUCAUAAUUGUCCUCAUUCUACUGGACUCCCAUUUCCACACACCAAUGUAUUUUUUUCUCAGCAACUUGUCCUUGUCUGACCUCUGUCUUUCCUCUGUGACCAUUCCUAAACUUUUGCAAAACAUGCAGAGCCAAGUGUCCUCCAUCCCCUAUGCAGGAUGCCUGAUACAAAUGUAUUUCUUCCUAUUUUUUGCUGACUUAGAGAACUUUCUUCUUGUGGCCAUGGCCUAUGACCGCUAUGUGGCCAUCUGCUGCCCCUUGCACUACUCCAGCAUCAUGAGCCCCAAGCUCUGUGUGUGCCUGGUGAUGCUCUCCUGGGUGCUGACCACAUUCCAUGCCAUGUUGCACACAGUGCUCAUGGCCACAUUGUCUUUCUGUGAGAACAAUGUGAUCCCCCACUUUUUCUGUGACAUGUCUACUCUACUGAAGCUGGCCUGCUCUAACACUCAAGUAAAUGAAUUGGUGAUAUUCAUUAUGGGAGGGUUGCUUGGUGUCAUUCCUUUUUUACUUAUCAUCAUGCCCUAUGCACACAUUGUAUCAUCCAUCCUCAAGGUCUUUUCUUUCCUUGGCAUCCACAAGGUUUUCUCCACCUGUGGCUCUCAUCUGUCUGUGGGUUCAGUAUUCUAUGGGACAUGCUUUGCUAUCUACUUAUGUCCAUCAGCUGAUAAUUCUACCAUGAAGGAGAAUAUCAUAGCUCUGAUGUACAUGGUGGUGACUCCUAUGUUGAACCCCUUAUCUAUAGCCUGA